AUGGGGGUGCAUCCGGAGCUCUCUAUGACAGUAGCAAUGGCAAACACGACAGCUUUGCAUAUAGCUGCUACUCAAGGGCACGUAGAAGGUGUCGACUAUCUUUUGGAGGUCGAGAUCAGCUAACUACUAUAGCUAAAGCCUAAAAGUAAUGGAAAAACUGCGCUGCCUUCUGCAGCAAGAAAGGGGCAUGUAAAAGUUGUGAAGGUAGAAGCCAGGUUUAACUUCAAGGACUAACAAAAAGGGCAAACUGCCCUUCAUAUGGCUGUUAAAGGUCAAAAUCUCAAGGUGUUCAAGGAACUUAUUAAGGCAGAUCCUUUGUCGAUUAAUAUGGUGGACACCAAAGGCGAUACCGCAUUGCAUAUAGCUACCUGAAAAGGCAGGGGUCAGAUUGUCAAGAUCCUUGUGGCACAAAAUGAAACUGAUGCAAGGGUCGUCAAUAGAUCUAUUGUAAAUGUGGUCAGCAUUGCAGAGAAAAGUUCCCAUAUUGCAUCCAUCCUGCCGGAGCAGGGAGUUUUGAGGGCCAAGGCACUCGAGCCAUAGGCAAUAAAUCCUGCAGGCGAGCUGAAGCAAACAGUGAGCGACAUAAAACGCAAAGUUCACUAUAAGUUAGAACACACAUGGCAAACUAGAAAACGCAUGCAAAACGUCGCCAAGCGCAUCAACAAAAUGCAAUCUGAGGGCCUAAACAAUGCCAUCAAUUCCAACAAUGAGGUGGCAGUACUCAUAGCUACAGUUGCAUUUGCAGCUGUUUUCAGCAUUCCUGGACAUUUCGUUGACGACCCUAUAAAUAUCCCAGACGUAGCAAAUAUCACGCCAAAAGCCCCAUUUCUUAUUUUUAUCGUGUUCGACAUUAUUGAGCUAUUUAUCUCUCUGGCUUUCAUGGUGGAACAAACCUCAGUGGUCGUGAUUGAAAGCAAGGCUAAGAAAGAGAUGAUGGAACAUGAGAAGUGGUUAGCUAUUGGAGUGACAAUUAAUCAUAGGAACAUUAUAUUGGCAACAAAAAUAGGUACAUUGUGUAAUUGGGUGAUAUUGCAUCUACUCGAGUCUGAAAACAAGAGGACUCAAAGGAAUUCUCGUGCUAGUAGAUCUAAAUCCUGGUCAACAUCUGUGCUAUCUGAUUCAGAGGUUUUGGACAAUGAUUUCUAGAAAAUGUAUGCAAUUUAA